AUGACCGACCGUCGAUUAUCUCAUUUGAAUGCGGCUUUUGCUGAACUUCGUUCACAUAUUCCAAGAUUUCCAUAUGAAAAACGUCUCUCGAAAAUUGACACUCUUCGUCUGGCUCUCGCUUAUAUUGAAUUUCUCGAUGGCCUUGCUCAUACAUCUUUAAUGGCACAUGAAUACAUUGCUCGUUCACCGAAAUGGUCUCAUUCUGAAUUGGCUCUACGUCUCCGUUGGCUUGAUUGGAACUAUUUUCUCCCGCACUAG